CGGCGGGUCGGAGUCUGCUGGCAGCCACGACCGCGAGCGCCACGUUUUUUCCACGCUCCGCAACUUAAAAUUACGAAAAAUGGUUUAUUCGCGCGAAGAUACAAGUGUGUAGUAUCAAAAUACGCGUCUCAGUGAGAGGAACACAACCGUGAAAACCGCUUGGAAAUAAGUGAAAGUGAGAGAAAGUUGUGGUUCAAAAACUACAUUUUUUGUAUGUUUUUGUGAUACGCUGACAAAACCAGAUCGACGACCCCCCACUUUUUUGGGGCCUAAAUAAUCGUCUCGUCGAGCCCUACCUUCUGGACUAUACCCAGGAUUUUUCCGGUGGAAAACAGCCAGUGUAAUCCCGAAUUUCUGAAAACCACGUGCUACCGAGAUCGACUCCCAGGACACCUGGACAGGCGUGUGGCAUACCAAUAGAAGCGUCUUGGCAAGGCGAAUCUUUUGACACCUGGAUCAUCGAGAUCAGACAACCCGGGAUAACACAGUGAAGCUUUAAAGGUCGGCAAAAUUUUGAAAAUCUUUGGUGUCAUUUUCCAGCUAAAGUAAAUCGACAACCCCCCUUUUUUUAUUUUGUUAUUAUAAAGUAGACCCCUUAAAAUUAAAUUCUCCAAAUUUUUAGAUUUUUUGGAUGUGUAGUUUAUUAAAAAAUUAAUUUUGAAUAGUGUACUAAAUAAUCAGUUCAAUAUAAAGGGAGUUACACCCCCCUACCGAUAAUAUUUUAAAAAUUAAUUUUGUUAAAAGUGUUUAAAAAUAGACCUCUGAAGAAAGUUUAAUUUUGUUUUCUAAUUAAUCUAGUUAAUUUAUAAAAACAAGGCUUUUUGCGGUUGGGCGGGAAAGUGACACCAAAGCAAACCCCUUUGAAGAGGGUGAAAAAACCACGGCGCGCAGAUUAUAAUAUAAGUAUAGUAUAGUUUAGGUCAUAAGGAACACAUUACUUUUUAAAUGGUGAAUUUUGGAUAAUUUUUCGAAUCGCGAUCUUCGUUAGCAUCUUUAUUUACAUCAGAGUUCAGCCGCAAAUUGAGGCUGUCGCGGAGAUCGCGAUCUGAAAAUCUACUUUUUAGAUAAUAAUAAAUUCGAGAUUUUCUUAUAAGGGCUGGAUAGAGCGUGGUUAAAAACCACCCUCCACGUUUUUAAAUUUUUGGAAAAACUCUUUUUUCAGCAGAAAAAAUAGACCUAAACUUAAAAAAUUUAAUAACAAAUUUUACCCGAUAUAUCGGGCAGUGUUGGAAAGGGAAAUAAUGUUUUGCACGACCCAGGGCCGUAUCCAGUAAACCAAGGGAGAUAGACAAAUUUUUGAGCUCGAAUUCGACUUCAAUUAGAUAAUUCAAUUAACUAAAAAUAUUUUAGUAUUCUUUGUCAUAGAAUAGACAACCAUUAUUUAUAAUAGGUACAUAAGGGACUACAAAAUUUUUUUAAAUCGACUUAGCUAGAUUUAGAAAUCUACUAAACUAACUUCGACUAAACUUCGACACUAAAAAAUAUAUCUUUAUUAAUUUAUAAUUUUAAUUGCACUGUAUUAACAUUUACAUUUGGACACUGACCCCCUUAUACAGGGUCAGACAGACAUAUACACUCGACAACUUUCCCCGCUGUACUCGCACUACAUCACAUCACACUUACAUCACACUCUCUCACACACAUACACACAAUGUUCCAUACACUAACAACAUCUGGCGCUGCCAAAAAACCUCAAAUUCCCAGCCCCGCUACCUCACCUUCGGUAAUGCCGGACGCUGCCAGGACUUUCAUUAAAAGACCAGAAACAAAAAGAAGGUCGCUUGAUAAUAUGGACCUGUAUAGAAAGCAGCAGCAGUACUAUGCUGAGACACCGAGCGACCAAUUACUCCAGGAAGUGAUGAAAACGUUUGAGGAUAUACCCUCAAAGGUCCAGCAGUACCCUCAGAUGAGGCGGGACAUCAAGUCCUUCCUGGAGUCACAAUCGGACAAAAGUAUCCGCAUACUCUUUGAGUUGAGUAAGCGGAUGAAGUGUCUGGAAGCAGCGGCGUCCGGGACUAGCAUACAUACAGUAGCGUCAUCUUCUAACAAAGAAGAAAAACUGCUGGGAAAAUUGCAAGAGGUGGAAAACACACUAACUUCACGGCUUAGUCAAAUGGAAGUUAACCUGAAGCAUGAAAUAUCAGAACUCAAUAUAGGAAACGACGAUCGAGGUGCUGACAUCCUCGAACAUAUGUUCAAAAAUUUCGAAGAGACCAAAGCCGAAAUAGUUAAAUCGACCGAAGGUGUCGUGGGACGGACGCAGGCUCUCUUUGAAGAUCUGGCUGGUACUGUCGCCAGAGACGUCGUCGAAGCCAAAACGCAAAUAAGCCAGAUAGCAAAAGGGUUGACAGCUGAGAGCAACAUGGUUCCCCAAACAUAUGCCAGCGCCGCAGCAACAAAACCUGGGCGUCGUCCGGCGCUUCACUCGAUGGCGGUGACCUUCGAGGACAAUCAAGAGACUGCCGAAGAGGUACUCGCGAGAGUGAGGAAGGCGGUCGACGCCAGGGGUACUGGCCUUAAAAUAAAUAAAAUAAGGAAGGCAAAGAAUAGCACAGUCAUACUCGGCUGCGAUACGGAAGUGGAACUAGAUAAGGUGAGAGAAAGGAUAAAAAGCCACGGUGAUGGGUUAAUCGUAGCGCCCAUGAAGAAUAAGGACCCACUCGUCGUCCUUAAAGACGUCUUUAUGGACAAUGACGACAACGAAAUGGUUAAGGCCCUUUACGCUCAAAACGCCGACAUCUUCAUGGAUCUAUCACAAGAGGAGAUGGAUUUGACAAUUAAAUAUAAAAAGAGGACCAGAAAUCCUAAGACCUCUCACGUUGUCAUCCAGGUGAGACCGAAGGUAUGGCAGAGGAUGACGGAGGCUGGCGCCCUCUAUCUGGACCUGCAAAGGGUCAGAGUGGAGGACCAGUCUCCGCUCAUCCAAUGCACGAAGUGCCUCGCCUUCGGCCACGGCCGCAAAUUCUGCACCGGGAGUGUAGACAGGUGUAGCCACUGCGGAGGCCCACACUUGCGCGAGGAAUGCGCCGACUACAUCGCGGGAAUUAAACCGCAGUGCUGCAAUUGCUUGCACUCCAGGUUGCAGAGUACGGAUCACAACGCAUUCAGUGUCGAUUGCCCAACCCGCAAAAAGUGGGACUACCUGGCGCGAUCAAACACUGCAUAUAUAUGACCCAUACACUCAGCGGAACGCACACACAUGACAAAUAUAAACACACACACACACACACAUACACACACACUGAUAUAAAAGUAUAUAAUAAAUAUAUAUGGAUAUAUCAACACAGCAAGUCAAACAAACACUGAACACAUAUGCAAAUGACUAAAUAGAAAAAAGCCAAAGAAAUAACCCCGCAAUAAGAAAUGACAAUAAGUAUAUAUACUAGAGUAUAUAUAUACUAUUGACGAAGAAACAAUGGAAAUUAUAGAAACACUGAGUCAAAAUGCCACUAUCCCUAAGUUUAAAUAAUAGUACCUAACUAAAAAGACAUCCUUAGAUAGAGUAAAUACCGGAAGAAACCAUAAUAAUAAGUUAAAAACAUAUUGUUAAUAGAAUAAGAAACAAAAACUGUACAAAACUAGAUGUUAAGAAUUAUGUAAGAGUGAGUACAAUAAACUGUGAAUAGAAUAAGAAAUAGAUAGUAAACUCUAGACAUAACAACAUAAUACUGUACUGUAAGAAAAUUAAGUUAAAACAUAUUGAUAAAUAAAGUAAGAAACGAAUAAUUGUAAAGAACUAGAUGUUAAGAAUUAUGAAAGAAUGAAGACAAGAAACUGUGAAUAGAAUAAGAAAUAGAUAGUAAGCUGUAGACAUAACAUUAUAAAAUUGUACUGUAAGAAAAUUUAAGUUUAAAAAUAUUGUAGCUAUGUUGUAUUGGACAAUGAAUCAAAGGUGUUAAGUAAAAAAGUUAUGUAGUAACAUCAGUAUGUAGUAUGUAUGUAUCAACAACAUUAUGUAGUAACAGGUUACAAUAAACGGUCACAUACGUAGUAAAAUUAUUACCCCAACAGAUAAAAAUACAAGGUAGUCAAAUUAGCGGGAGUCCCACCCGGCAAAGAAAGUAAGGUGAUGGAUAAAAGAAAGAAAUAGUAUGAGGCAUGUCAGUGCGAGAGGCAUACAAGCGAGAAAUAGUAUGAACGUGUUACAUAGAAUAAUAAGGUCCUGCCGAGCCUAUGGGCGGGGAAAGGCGCAAAAAAAAAAAAAAAUCCCGGCGGGUCUUGUUAUCGCAAUGCACCGAUUUAGUGCGCAAAAAACACUGCCGUUAUUUUCCUUGUGAGUGAUAACUUAAUCAUCUAUGAAUUGCAAACUUCGAUCAAUAAUACUACUAGAUUCGCGAUUAGCGCUUCAAAAGCGGCCCGAAAAAUAAGACCACAAAUAAAUUUGUGGUCUUAUUUCAAAUUAGUAUGGUCCAAUCAUAGCCAACACUAAGACGUCAAAACGCUGCACUGCGCGUUCAAAAACUGAGUAAAAAACCACCGUAACACCAAGGUUUUAGAAGGAAUAUCUUUUUUUGGUAAAUUUAUAUUAUUAAGUGUUUUUCAUAAAAUAAUAAAUACAAUUAUAUUGUAAAUAAAACACAAUUUACGAAUAUUGUAAUUGUUUGGCCAAUGUUUGCAACAAGGCACCAACUAUUGUAACAAACAUCACCUAUUCUUGGACAGGGAAUGCAUAGAGUAGUUUUGUUAUUUUAUAAUGUUAUUUUUGUUUGUAGAUUUCCUAGUAGCCCCUUGUCGCUGUGCACAAUGGAUAUAAUAUAUUGUCGCGAAAGAAAGAGGAGAAGAAAUAUAGAACUCUUAUAAAAAUUCUAGAAUUGUUCAAUGGUGGUGGCAAAUCAAUGCAAAAAAGUAUUAAAAAAACUUUAUAUGUAUGUGUAAAUAUUUUAAGCGUAUAUGCUGAAAAGGAUUUGUUUUCUGGGGGAAACGAACACAGCCAUAAAAUAAGCCUAAAUUAAACUGAUUAUAAAAAAAUUCAUUGAUAUAAGAUUACAUUAUAUUUGUAAAAAAGAAACCGCUCAUAUAAAAAUGACUUCUAAAAGACAGCUUUAUAACAAACUGAAUCUGUUUAAAGUUAAUUAAACCUACAUUAUUGUUUUAAUAACUUCUGUAUAAAGAAUACGUGGAAAACAUGUUUCGUGUUUCCUUUCAUAUUUUUUUUACUUUAUUCAAUUUUAUUUUUUAUCACCUAUUUGUUGUAAUAGCGGCAAUGUAAAAUAUUAUCUACUACUUUUUUGAAUCGGUCAAAAAUAGUUGCGACCAUACAAAACAAACCUAAAACAAAUAUGUAUAUUCUGCAACUCUAUGUCUUUCAAUACUUACUGUGUUCUGAGCAUUGAAAUGUAAUACCAAGAACUACAUCUAGUUCCACAAUACAAUAAGCACGAAAUUUUAAACAAAUAUUUUUAACCUUAUAAAUUAGGCUUUAAGUAUCAUUUUAGAAUAAAUAUUUUUGUACUGAUGACUUUUUAUGUUCAAGUGACAUUUUAAAUUUAUUCCAUAAUAUUCUUUUUCUGACGAAAGGACCUAAAUACAUAUAUUUUGCAAUGGUAAUUAAACUUUAUGUUUAAGUAUUAAGGUUUAUAAUAAACUGAAGUCGUUAACAUUAUUAAACUUUUUUCUAAGAAAUGAAGAUGUUUUCGUGUCUGCAAACGUGGCCACUGGAGCGUCUUAUUUUUGUUCCUGAUCCGUAAUCUAGUACUAUUAUUGAUCGAAGAUUGCAAACAAUAUUUUGGGUAAUUACCUUCGAUCAACAAUAGUAACUAGAUUUCGGGUCGGUGCAGAAAAUCCGUCUCGUCAAAUAACAGCUCACUUGAAAUGUGAGCUGUUAUUUUGUUUAGUUCACUUCAAACAUAGCCAAUGUCAACCCGUCUCACAAUACCGCAAUGUGUAUUCAAAAGUUGCAAAAAUAAUGCCCGAAAAAGCAAUUUAACGGCCGAAGUAUCUUACUUUCGCUUUCCUAGCAAUCACGUGUGCAGAAUGGAUCUCGAUUGUCGCCAGAGAAACAAGAGAUGACUUUUAUAAGCCAGCUAAGAUCUCCGCUUUGACACUGGACAUCUUUGCCUUCCGUGCUCACGGCUACUGAAACGUGGCCGAAACAUUGUAAUAAAAAUACCGCCCUUGAAACCGUUUAAACGUUGUUUUAUUAUGUGCACUGGUCGCGAAAACUUAAAAACAUCCUAUAAAAAUAUAUAUUACACAAAAACGUAACGCUAAUAAAAUAAUAAGUAAUGUAUAGAUACUAACAAACAUACAUUUCCAAAACAUAAAAAUAAAACAACUAAACUUUUACUUUAAUUCAUUAAUAAAUUAUUUUAGUGUUCAACGCGACUCCCUUACCUCCUGUAGUAAACAGAAAUCGGCAUUUCAAGAAGCAAAAAAAAAUAAAAAAAAACGUUGUUAGUUCUCAGAGCAAUUAAGGGAAAAGUUACUUUAUUUCUUGCAGUUUAAGAUUGAUUUAACAUUAUACGUUCUUUAACAUAUGUCUUUUUAUUGGUAAAUGACAGGAGUAAUUUAUUGCUUUGCUAAUUUUAUGUGACGAAUGAUCGUAAGUAUUAGAUAAUGUUUUGGAGAUUUGCGACUUUAUUAGUAGGUGCCACAGUUGUAAUUAGUUUGAACGUAAAAGUGUUUCAAAACUUUUUUCUCCGUUUGUUAGUAAACGAAUGUGUAUAUUCACGCGGACAGCUUUUGCUUUAAUUUUGUACGUGUCCCUUUAUCUAGUUACUAUUGUUGAUCGAAGAAUAGAAAAAAAGAAAUAGAAUUUAUCAUUAAAAUAUCAACUUGUAUGUUUUGCAGACUGUACUUCCCCGAAACACGAGGAAAGACUCCGGCUCAAGUAUCACUCCUAUGCAGCCAAGGGUUCCGCUCCAGACCCCUCAGUACAUCACAAUUGCGUAAUGCUGACGUAUGAUGUUAUCGCGUACAGACUGUUUAUUCUAGUAUAUUAUUCGCGUAUUUCAGUGUCUCUAUACAUUUUAUAAACUAAGACUGGCUUGGUUUCUAUUCUAUUCUAAUAUUAAUAAUAUUAGAAUCCGACUGUUCAUUAGUCUCUCUGUUAGUUUUUUUAAAGAUUUAUUAAUUCUUACCCAUUAUAGUUAGUAGAAGUUGAACUUCGUAAUGUAGAAAAUUGUUUUGUUAUUAAAUGUGAUUGUACUAAGACGCCAUAAAUCGCGAUAAGCGUGUUAGCCAAAUUAUUAAUGUAUGUAAUUUUUUUUAUAAAUUCUCCACUGAUAGUCGUACGAAAGAAUAAUUCUAGAAGAAAUUUAUUUUAUAAUUAAAGAUAAAUCGACGUGUGCAUAAUGCUCAAUAACAUAAUAGUGUUAAGCAGAAUUCUACCAAAAUGAACGCUUCCAUCAUUUUAUACGUUAUAGUUUAUUAUAUAAGUAUUGUAAAGUAAUCAAUACUACUAUGGUUAUACGGUUUAAUCUUUCGUUUUGAAUUGUCAUCAUGCGACUGAUAAUGAAGGUGUAAUUAGUGGAUGUUUUGUGACUACCGUCAUUUUUAUAUAAAAAAUAUAUCGAGCGGUGAAUGAUUACUUGGUUUAAGCGACAUUUCGCUUAAUCCGCGACAUUUACCUUUGUUUUUUUUUUCAAUGUAGGCAGACGAAAAUACGGCUCACCUGAUGGUAAGUGGUCAUCGUCGCCCAUGGACGUCAGUAAUGCCAGGGGCAGAACCAAGCCUCUGCCUAGCGCUGAGUACUCUCCGCAAGCCUCGUUUGAAGAAGGACCUGUUAUUAAAGGUCCGUUUUAUUUGGUAUUAGUAUCAAGAAUUCGAUGUUUUAAAUUGAACAUCAAUUUAAUUAUUAUAUAAAAUACCCCAUUUAAAUAGUCGAAGAAGUUUUUUUGCUAUGAUUUAUUUUUCAAAUUUUAAACUUUAAAUAGCUUCUCCUGUAAAGUUGCAAAUAUAUCGCUUAAAGCAAAUAAUCUUUUAUCCCUCGAUAUUUAUUCACGUUUCAUUUGGUACCGAACGAACUAAUAGCAGAUUAUUAACUUCUGACAGUUUCACUUAGUAAAGGUGAAAACCCAAUACGAAACAAUUUAAAAAAAAAAUGGGGAAAAAGUCACGCAUGGUCAUCUGGCCCCAAUUUAGUACUCCCUGUGUUACGGGUAUCUGAGAGAUAAACAUAUUUAUUUACGUUUAAAUAUACACAUAUAUAGAUAAUAAACACCCAGACAAAAAACAAACGAACCUGUGUACUUAGUGCGAGUUUUUUAACGUUGUCGCUAGCGUAAAAGUUAACUAAAAUUUGUAUUGAGUUGAUCGUUUGCCUACGUUUGCCGCUAGAGGCGCUGUUCUAACUGCAUACAAAUUUCAGUUAACUUUUACGCUAUCGAGAACGUUAAAAAACUCGCACUAAGCACACAGUUCAUCACACUCAAGUCCGUCAAAUACCAAUAAGAAUGACAAUAGAAAACGCAAAAUGAAGCCGAAUAGUAGUUGUAAUUACGUCAAAGACUCGCCUUAAUCGGAGACAAUACUAAGUAUUGUCACUUUACAUAAAUAUAAUCUUUAUCCACCAAUUGUUACUUAGUUGUCGUUUAUAUUAAACAAUUUCAAAGUACAAAUCUUCUUAAAUAAAUUUAAAAUUAUAUAAAUUUACUGUAAGCUUCGGUGUAAUGUUUUAGGUUACAUAGCACAAAAUAUAUAUAAAUAGCUUAUAUCAACUUUCACUCUGCGAUAUAAAAUGUUUACUAUUCAAUUUUAAUAUUAAUGUGUAAGUAAAACGAAUCAAAUUCGUGUUCGCAGUAAUCCGAAUUGAACCUUAACUAUGAAGAUAUAAAGUAUAGUUUGAAAUUAAUUAUAUACAGGGUGUGUAAAAAGCGUUUUCGAAAACGAAUAUAUAUACAGGAGGUAUUUUUUUAUUGAGCAUCAGCAUUAAAAUACUUCCAACUUCCGUUUGGGGACAGGUAUACAAUAUAUUAGCACGAAUUUUCGAAGAUAUACGCCAAAUGAUGUGCUAACAUUAGGUAAAACUGUCGCAAAUUUAAAAUCUCAGAGUUUUCCUUAAAUUUAUUUAGAGAAAGAUCUUUAUAUAAAGAAAACCAAAUCCCGAACACAAAAUAGAAAUAAACGACAAUAUUUUUAUCAAUAUUUUUUAUUGCCCCUGUAGGCAGACGUGCAUCCGGCCCACCUGAUGGCGAAUGGCUACCGUCGCCCAUGGACUUCAGCAAUGUCAGGGGCAGAACCAAGCCGCUGCCUACAAAAUAGAUAGAUUAUAUAGUAUAGUAUAUAGUAGUAUUUAGUAGAAUAGGUUAUAUUAUAGUAUGUUCAAGUUUCGCGUCAAAUGCAACUCUACGCACCGCACUACUAGUACUAGUAAAAUAUCGACCGUGAGUUUUUUAUUUUAUUUUAUCAUAUCAGAAAUCACCUAGCGGUAUUCGUUUUCGAGAACUUUCUCAAUCCAUUCCGAGACACUACAUAGAUUUAAACUAUGACCAAUACCAAACUGUAAUCAAAUCACGGCAGAAAUAGGGUGGCGGUUUCUACCCGUGCGGACUCGCAAGAGGUCCUACCAUCAAUAAUUACAAAAAUUAUAAUUUUGCGGGUUUGAGUUUUAUUACACGAUUUUUAUUUGUAAAUAUUUCGAUUAAAAUGGCUGAGCUAUAGGCUUUUGUUAUCUUUAAAAAAAAAACAGUUUUUGUGCGCUUACGUAGCCAUGACUGCGUGGUCACGCAAAUAGGUACUCUUUGCUUGGUAUAAAUACACAAGUUUAUAAUCCGUAUGUUUUUUUCUUUUUUAUCGUCGGAAGGUCAGCGUGAGUGUCAUAUAAUUUUUAACGCACAAUCUGUUUCAAAGUUCUUUUUUGAAAUUUAAUUGUAGAACGUAAAAUUAUAUUGAAGAACAAUCCGUCGCACCAAAUUAGUUUUAGAAAGAUUACAUUUAAAAAAAAAGACACUAUAUUUACUUUAAUUUUCCAAUGUAAUAUUACGAUACGUCCGUUUGUUAAUCGACGACUUUAUAAUAAAGUUUUUAAGUAUAUAA